AUGGAGGUUGCCAGGACGGGCAAGAUGGUGAUGCCCCAGCCGACUGAUCAGCAGCUGGGUGGCCAUGCCGUGUGCGCCGUGGGUUACGACGACUUCAAGCAGUGCUUCAUCGUCCGGAACUCCUGGGGCGAGGGGUGGGGUGACAAGGGCUAUUUCUACAUGCCUUACGAGUACAUGUGCCACCCUGCGCUUGCCUCCGACUUCUGGGCCAUCAACUGGGUGGAGGGCUUCAAGAACACCAGCAGUGCCUCCAGCAGCGCGAAGGGAGGGCACUCAAGCGUGGAGUCCCUCCCGCUGCGGACGACCAUGAAGUUCGGCUGGCGUCCAGACAUGCCGGAUCAUCGCGAUCUGCACGUGACCUUUGACAAGAAGGACGCCCCCAGCCAGAUCAAGAGGAAAGCCGAGGGAACAAAGGAGAUCAUCGACCUACGACCUCAGAACGGUGGCUUCCCCAUCUUUGAUCAGGGACACUUAGGCAGCUGCACAGCAAACGCUUUGGCGGCGGCCUUCCACUUCACCCUGCACAAGAUGACGGUGGAGAACCACAAGGAUUUUGCGGACUUCACCCCAAGCCGCCUCUUCAUCUACUACAACGAGCGCUUGGUGGAGGGCAGCGUGAACCAGGAUGCUGGCGCCAUGCUCCGUGUGAUGUCCAAGGUUGGCGUAUGCCCGGAGAGCGUGUGGAAGUACGAUGACAAGCACGAUUUCUUCAAGCAACAGCCAGACGACAAGUCGUACGAGCUGGCGCAGAAAUGUAGGGUCAUGGGCUACGCCCGUGUGGCUCAGGAUCUGAGCCAGUUCAAGGCUUGCCUCAAGAACGGCUACCCCUUCGUGUUGGGCUUUGCGGUCCUGUCAAGCUUCCAGACCAUGGAGGUUGCCACGACCGGCAACAUGGUGAUGCCCCAGCCCACUGACCAGCAGCUGGGUGGCCAUGCCGUGUGCGCCGUGGGCUACGACGACUUCAAGCAGUGCUUCAUCGUCCGCAACUCCUGGGGCGAGGGGUGGGGUGACAAGGGCUACUUCUACAUGCCUUACGAGUACAUGUGCCACCCGGCGCUUGCCUCCGACUUCUGGGCCAUCAACUGGGUCGAGGGCUUCAAGAAUGCCAGCAGUGCCUCCGACACUGCCAAGGUUGGUGGCGGGCCAAGGCACCCAAGCGUUGUGUCCCUUCCCCUGCGGACGACUAUGAAGUUUGGCUGGCGUCCGGACAUGCCAGAUCAUCGAGACCUGCACGUGACUUUCGACAAGAAGGAUGCUCCCAGCCAGAUCAAGAAGAAGGCUGAGGGAGCAAAGGAGAUCAUUGACCUUCGCCCUCAGAACGGUGGCUUCCCCAUCUUCGACCAGGGACACUUGGGCAGCUGCACAGCCAACGCUUUGGCAGCGGCCUUCCACUUCACCCUGCACAAGAUGACGGUGGAGAACCACAAGGACUUCGCGGACUUCACCCCAAGCCGCCUCUUCAUCUACUACAACGAGCGCUUGGUGGAGGGCAGU